GUGAUCAGGCAGAUCCCUGCAAAUUCCAGGCCUGUAAUGAGUUCUCCGAAUGCCUAGUAAACCGCUGGAGCGGGGAAGCAGAGUGUGUGUGCUAUCCUGGCUACCUCAGCAUCGAUGGGCUGCCAUGCAACAGCGUCUGUGAUCUGCAACCCAACUUCUGCCUGAACGAUGAGUACGUGUCUGAGCCGCUUGUUGUGGGUAUUGCAAUCGCGUCGGUGGCAGGAUUCCUUCUGGUGGCCUCUGCUGUAAUCUUCUUUCUGGCCAGGACCCUUCGAGACCAGUACACGAAGAGUGACACUGAGGACUCACUGGGGCAGGGUGACAGCCUCUCGUCCAUUGAGAAUGCGGUGAAGUACAACCCCAUGUACGAAAGCGAUACCACCGGCUACAGCCACUACUACCGGAGGUACCCCCAGCUGACGUCCUACAGCUCGACCAGUGCAGAGACAUCUGCUGAGUACAGCAGUGAAGAGAUAAGGCACAUUUAUGAAAACAGCGAGCUUACUAAGGAGGAAAUUCAAGACAGAAUUCGAAUUAUAGAGCUAUAUGCUAAAGACCGUCAGUUUGCAGAGUUUGUUAGGCAGCAUCAAAUGAAGCUGCUUUAAGAAAAAAAAAAAAAAGAAAAAGAAACCAAUAGAAAACAUGUGGGAGAUAAAGACUACCUUGUUGCCAUAGCAAUGGGCUCAGAUGUAACUGCAAAGUUACUUAUAGUCUUAACAUCGCAUGGAUGGGUACAGAUGUUUUCUCAAUGAAUGGCUAAAAUGUAUGAAUGUCUGUUUAUCUGGAUUGCCUCUGACUUUUCUGCAUUAAGAGACAUUCCUAAGAGGUGAUCAGAAUGGCAGGGGUUAUGAAAGUUCAUUUUUCUUUAAAUCUGAAACGGACAGUCAGAGUUUGUAUACCAAGGCAAAAAA